UCACCCUUCGUUUAUUCAUUGUCAUUAACAUCAUGUCAAAAUUUCAGUAAAUUUUCAUCAAAACAUCCUUCAGAUUUUUCAUUUAAUCAAUUGAAUUGGUACCAUCAAUCAAUAACAAAAAGCGUACAAUAUGUCGAUAUGUCCGUGCAAUUGCAAGUAUCAUAGGAGUAUAGACAUUAGAACUCCAAGGAUGGUACCACUAAGUGCUUUCUAUAAAAGGAGUUUUGCUUUUUAUUCGGUCCGAGAGCGACUUCCUGUUGUGAUCAAGAAAAUAAUGGAGGAUUUAAUGAAAAGGAGAGAUGAAUUUGCUAAACAAUAUGGUGAGCCUGUCCGAGAAGAACUGAAGAAGAUUGUGGACGAGCUCGCAGCCUUAAAAUACGAACUUCAGAGUAAUAGAGAGCUAACACCCAUCGUUUCCAAUGACCCGGACGCCGAGAUUUUCAACGAUUUUUUGCAAAAGAGAAAAGUUGAGGACGGGCAUACUUCUCCCUAUAGUACGACCAUUAUGUUCGCCGAAUCGUAUUUAUACCGCAGACUACGUAUGGUAUUCGAAAAAAAAAAAAUACUGAAGGAUUACGACUUCUUCAAAAAAAUCAAAGAAGACGCUUUUGAGGAAGCCACACCUAUAAUGCGUGAAUUGGCUAUUCACAUGGAAGAAGGUUGCGAAUGUAUAUCCGAUAAAGAUGCCAUAUUUGAUCUGAUGAAAAUAACACUCUGGGCAAAUAAAUACGAUUUGGCAGUCAAUAAAGGUGUCGAGCAUGGAGUUCACCUCAAUAUGGCAAGGAAAUUGGAGCCCAAUGUUGUCUGCGAUCAUUCAGAAGCCAUUUGGGAAGCUUUCCACAGCAACCAAGACAAUGAUUCCAUCGCUUACGUUCUGGACAAUGCUGGAUACGAACUAUUCUGCGACCUUUGCCUUUCGGACAUGCUCAUCACCAAAGGACUCACCUCGCACGUGACUUUCCACGCUAAAGCCAUGCCAUGUUACGUGUCCGACGUGACCUUGAACGACGUGAAUUGGAUGAUACAAACCCUGAAGAAGCACAUCGAUCCCCAUCUGCGUUGUCUCGGACAACGAUGGGAUGACUACGUGGCCAACAAGACCUGGGAGUUUCACGAUAACCCGUUCUGGCACUACCCCCUCGAUUACACCCACAUGCAGGCCUACGCCCCAGAGCUGCACAACCAGCUGGCCUCGGCCAACCUGAUCAUCUUCAAGGGAGACCUCAACUAUCGGAAGCUGUUCGGCGACAUCAAUUGGGAUCCCAACACUCCCGUAGAUCAGGGUCUCAGGGGCUUUUUACCGGCCAAACUGUGCGUAUUGAGAACGGUGAAGUUCGGCGUCGUUUGUGGGAUCCCGGACGAGGUGGCCGACAAGUGUAUGAAAGCCGACGUAAAUUGGAAAGAAUCCGGUAACUACGGAGUGAUACAGUAUUGCGAUACAAUUUACGUCGAACCGCAACUAGAAGAAAUGGUGUUCCCACCAGACCCCGGUGCAGAGGGCACAGCAGGUGCGGGCGCAACCAGAGAAGCGGAGGAAGGAGAUGGUGACGAAGAGGGACCGUCGCCUGAAGUGGAGGGUGCAGGAGACUUAGGCCAGGCAGAGGAAGCGGGAGGAGGAGAAGCCUCAAGAGGAGACGACAUAGCUCGUGUAGUGGCGGGGAUGGUUGGACACACUGCCCAAGAAGUGGACAAUGAAUGGGGCGAGGAGAACCCACCGGAUUCGUUUCAAGAAGCAACGGGAGGAGCGGGUGGUUCUGGAGGUCCUUCGUCUAUUAAAGAUGGUAAAGGAAAAGCAGAACAAGGAGAACAAUCGAAAUCAACAGAUCGAGAACAAAAUAAACUAGAUAGUGGAAGUGAUGCUUUCUCGAAAGACGACGUCGGAUCAUCCAAAACGGAAGCAAGCGCACCCGAGGGAGCGGAAAUAGGGGUAUUGAUGGCAGAUAGUCAAAAGAAUAAUGACAACAGACCAAUUACGACUACUUUAACUGGAGUUGUACUUGCCGCAGAGAGAGAACAGAAAGUGAGGGAACCUGGCAGUCCGAGCGAAGUGAGCGUGGAUCAUUCUCCAGAAGUUGAUGGAGACGAAGUGCCAGAAUAACCUUGAAUGAACAGAUAUCUAUUCAUUGAAAAAUAAAAUAUCGUUUCUC